AUGGAGUUCCCCGGGCAUAGUCAGCAGCUUCUGGCUAGUCUGCGCACCCAGCGUCUGCAGGGUUUUCUGUGUGACUGCACGGUGAACGUCGGCCCUACGCGUUUUCUGGCUCACCGUGCAGUUCUGGCCUCCUGCUCUCCAUUCUUCCACAUGUUUUACUCCGAACAUCCGAUGGGUAACACCUCCACUGUUAAUGGAGGACCAGAGACAGACACCGUCACCAUUAGCGGAGAUAUUGUGACCCCUUCGUCAUUUGGGCUGCUCCUCGAUUUCAUGUAUGAGGGGGUGCUGCAGCUGGCAGCUCAUCCGCCUCCUGAAGACGUGCUUGCUGCGGCCAGCUUCCUGCACAUGAACGACGUGGUUAGAGUGUGUAAGAAAAGACUACAGGGUCGCGGACUGGCUGAAGCAGACAGCACGAGGGCAGAAGAAGGAGGAAUUGAGAAUGAGGGAGACGGCACAGUGAUUGCUGGGUCAUCCAGAGAUGGAAGGUUAAACGGACCAAGAGGGAGAAGUAGCAUAAGGGAACGGCUGGAGUGUGGAUCAGGAGCGGGUGGUAUUUCGGCACCGAAUCCAUCCUCGUCACCCUCGGUGUCUCAGCGUCCUCAGCCAAGCCAGCGGGGCUCUUUUAAUAUCGACACCAAAACUGAGACAAACAUGCCAGUGCUCAGUCGCGUUAUGCACAACGCUAGUCUUGGUAGUCCAAACAUGGCAGACACUACUCAACCAGGCAUGGAAGUGAAUGAUUCAGGGCGGAGCAUGUUCAGUUCCUCUCCUGGACCUGUUAGACCUGGUACAUCAGCGGCUAGUAUUGAGUCUGCACUUUCAAGCCCAUGCAGCACAACCGAAUCAAUUCAGACUGGUACAGAGACUCAUCCUGGGGCAUUAUCUGUUAUGGUUCUACCUGCUACACAAGUGGACAACACUCGAGGUGGAGACUACAGUCAGGACAUAUCAUUGUCAAGGGUUAUGUCCACUGUCUAUAGUGCCACUAAUCAACCCAGAGAUACGAAAAAAACAAAACUAUUCCAACACACAGGUCCCGCUUUUAGUGCUGCAGGCAGACAGACCGGUAGAAGUUUGAAUGAGCGGGCGCGUUCUCCCGCAGCAAUGCCCUUAGCUGAAAAAGACGACAACCAAGAGGAUGAGGCGAAGGUCAAGGUGGAGGCCAUUGUGAUCUCGGAUGAAGAGCCAGACGACAUCGAGGAGACGAUCGUCCAAAGCAGAGAGCAAAGAAGAGAUGCUGGCUUAAGAGAAAGAGAGAAUUGCGAGAACAACCAUGACGUCGAGAUUCACAACGCUCAGUUUCUCCCUUCCCACACGAUCCCAUUCUCGCACCAAGAGCCGCUCUCUUUCCCUUUUUCACCGCAGGGUCCGAGCGCUUCCUCUUCCGAUACGGCUAACUUCGCAGCUUCCCUUUUCUCAACGGCCUCUCAUCAUUCGGAGCAGCAGAAUAUUUACUUCGAGGAAAUCCACGAUUCCCUGGGGAAUUACGUGGAAGACGUGCCUACGUGCACCACCUGUGGAAAGACUUUUUCUUGCGCGUACACCCUGAGGAGACACGCCAUCGUGCAUACGAGGGAGCGGCCGUACGAGUGCCGCUACUGUUACCGUAGCUACACUCAGUCUGGGGACUUGUACAGGCACAUAAGAAAGGCACACGAACCUGACCUGCCAAUGAAACGCAACAGAACAGAGUCUGACCUUCCACCUUCACCGCCUCUUCCUCAACUACCACCACAGACUUAACGAGAUGCAUGCAACUUUAUACUGUACAUGAGGCAGGGUUUUUUGGGUGGACGGGGGCUUUAUCAAGGUUAAAAGUAUAACCCUGUGUUCUAAGGUUGUUUGGACCAACUUUGUAUAAUGUAUUGUUAAACAGACUGUUGUAGCAGAAAGUAGUCCAGGGUACUAGUUUCAAACUGGGGAAAGUAAAAGUCAUUGGAAACACUGACUCUGGAACAGCCAUGAAAUUGAGCCCAACAAACUCAGUAAGUCAAGUCUUAACAAUUAACAUUUUAAAAGCUGAAUUUUUAUUUAGUUCUUAUUCUUUCUCAUU